AUGCCAUUUUCUUCGCUUAGUUCACGGUGCUCUAGUCAUUCAAUCCACAUCCCAGACGUGCCUGGGGCAAGUUUCCAUUCUCUACAAGCAAGUUUGGUGACGAAUCUUUCGAGCUAUGUCGGAGAGUAUUACUACUUGAACCACAAGUCAGUCCAGAUUGAUAAUCUAUCAUUCUGUAAUGUUUCACUGGCAUACAUGCACAGAGACCAGACCGAUCAGACCAACGUACAGGUAUGGCUGCCGAUUGAUACUUGGAAUGGACGCAUGAUGGGCGUUGGAGGAGGCGGCUGGCAGGCUGGACUGUAUCCAGAAAAUUUCAUGGCAAUGCAGGGGGCAAUUGGACAAGGCUACGCCGCUGUGUCGACGGAUGGCGGCCAUAGUGCGGACCAGAAUCUAUCUGACUGGCUAUUGACAACCCAUGGAGACAUCGACUACUCUUCGCUGAAUAACUUUGCCGCAAUAUCGUUGAGUGACACCUCUAUCAUUGGUAAAAGCAUCAUCAAAAGCUUCUAUGGAAAUAGCCCGAAGUACUCAUACUGGAGCGGAUGCUCCCAGGGAGGACGUCAGGGGUUGGUGCUAGCGCAGAGAUAUCCCGAGGCUUACGAUGGCAUCGUCGCCUCAGCCCCCGCGAUUAACUGGAGUGAGUUUCUCGUUGGUGGGUUUUGGCCACAAUUUAUCAUGAACCAACUAGAUGCCUAUCCCCUUUCCUGUGAGCUCGACUUCAUCACCAACGCAGCCGUCGCCUCGUGUGACGGGAGGGAUGGAGUUGAAGAUGGGAUCAUAUCCAAUGGCGACUUGUGCAACUUCGAUCCUUACAGUCUCAUUGGGACCACCUUAAAUUGUGAUGGCAGAUGGCUCAAUAUUUCCCGGGCGGCUGCAGAUAUCGCAAUGGCAGCAUGGCUUGGGCCCAUAUCUACAAACGGCAUAUCCCUUUGGCACGGUGUGGGGUUAGACAGCAAUCUCACAAGCCCAUCUUCCAUAGCUUCGACACACUGCUACUCCAAUGAAACGUGCAUAGGUUCUCCGAACAUUCUAUCUUCCGAAUGGAUUCAAGUGGGUAUCGCAAGACAUCCCGGAUUUAACCUGCGAAACUUGACCCACGCACAAUACGUUCAGGUAUUCGAGACUUCAGUUCAGCAGUAUGGACCCAUCAUUGGCACCCAUGAUCCGGACCUGACAGCAUUCCGCGAUCGUGGUGGGAAACUACUGACCUACCAUGGCUUGGCCGAUCCUAUUAUUCCUUACAAGAGCACCAGGCAGUACUAUCAGGCUGUGGCUUCCAUUGACCCUGAUGUACGACAAUUCUUUCGACUAUUCGAAGCCCCGGGCAUGGGUCACUGUUGGAGCAUGUCUGGGCUUUACCCUUCCACAAUAUUUGAUGCGAUGGUUUCCUGGGUGGAAGAGGGAGUUGUCCCGGAGAAUUUGCCGGCAGUAUUUUCGGACCGCGAUGGAGUCAACUAUGAGAGAAUUAUUUGCCCUUAUCCAGAACAGGCAGUUUACAAUGGACAUGGCGAUCCCACGAUGAAGAGCAGCUUCUAUUGCUUAGCUGGACGCUAA